AAGCAGGAGAAGGGCCCGAUAAUUUUCAUUGACAUGCCCUCAAAUUUCCCUGGCUAUCUAGAAUCUCAGGUUCUUUCAAAUAGCAUUGCUGCAUACCCGGCUUUCUGACAGACAGACAAGUUUCGCCAUAGGUUAUACCAGGAUACUGUAUGCGCGGGUUUUUUGCUGCCCUGUGUUUGAUAACGGAACAUUGCAAAUCUCUUCACACAGUGAUAUUGCAGCAUGGAACAUGAAAAAUCUCUGCUCAAAUUAUCCUAACAAUUCUGUCUUAGAAUUGCUUCUUGUUUUCAGAAUGUUGCUGACCUAGUUUUUGCCUACUGAGCCCGCAAUGCAGGUGUCGAUCAGAUGCUUGAGGCACCUCCCAUUAAGUUUGGUGGCACCAACUAUUAUGAUACUCGCAGCGUCAAGGGUCAACAUACUGCAAGAAAUCUGUGUGCUCUCUCACAUUGAAUGUUCACUCUUAUAUUGCUCUGCUAUGUGACUUUCUGGAGGUUUACCCGAUCAGGACUUGGCAAAGCACACCUUGAAAUCCCUUCCAGAGAAACUCAUUUCAACCAAAAUUUUACAAUGAGAAAUGGAGCUCCUAUCCUUGUGUCUUGGUUCCGACUAUGGCUGAAUUUUUAUUCGAGGAGGUCAAAUCAUCAAUUUCAAAUCCUCCUCUCUCUCUCUCUCUCUCUCUGUGACAAGAAGACUAAUAAUGGUUGAGGCCCACAUUAGCCACCAUCAUUUAUUAGAAAAAUUGAAGAGAAAAAGUGUACAUCAUCAAGAAUUACAUAAUAGAGGAAACAAGAUUUUGCAAGAAUAUACAGGAUUAGGUAUGAAAAACUCUCAGUGCUGAUCGUAUAAGGUUUCAAAAAGAAGGCUGCUUCAUCUUGGGUAAAGGCCAAAAAGAGUCUCAGAAGAGUAGCAUCUGUUGCAGUCAAACUACAGCAUGUGUAGUGAUCCCAUGGGUAAUCACGAGCCUGCAAAGAUCUCCAUCGUAGUCUCCAGACAGCAGCUGAGUAUAAUCCCCAACAGUGAUCGAAGGAAGGAGUCUGCCAGCGCUGUAAGCCUCAAAAAGAAGUUGCAAGAUAGAAAACAGCCGGCUGGUUAGAGGCAGCAAAGCAUUUAAUCUUCUCCCAGAGCUUACAGAAACUUGGAAGUUCCAUCUGCCCACAUAGCAAGAAACUUUUUGUCCUUGACGGAAUUGUUUCUUAACAGAACUUUUGGAUAAAACAAAACAAUCGCCAAAGAAGUGCUAGUUGCAGUAAAUUGACUUGCAGGAAAUCUACGUAUCGUCCAAACAGUUGUGGAGGUGGAGGAGACGACCGACGGCGGCCGCCUGUGGUGAGGCAGAGAGAGGAAUGCGGAGAGCAAGUAGAAGCUAUUCAGGCCUCGCUGCAUUGCUAUGCUUUCAGCCCUGUUCGUGCAGCAGCUUGUUUCAUGUAUGCAUGCUUUCACGCUGGAGGGAAGAGGAAGUACCGAAAUAUGCUCACCAGAACUCGAUAUCUGGGCUGUUUCCGGUACCGCUUCGAAUUCCAAUCCCUUCGGGUUUAUAGCUCGGAAUCAAAGCCGCCAGCCCCAAGGCGUGACAUAUUUUGGCGGAACAAUGCCAUCAAUAGCUGCUUCAGGAGCGGCCAGGUGGAGAGAGCAUGCCAAUUGUUCGAGGAAAUGCCGCAUAAGAAUCUGGUUACGUGGAAUUGCAUGAUCUCUGGCUUUGUCAAGAAUUAUAGGAUGUCGGAGGCACAGAGGAUUUUCGACGUGAUGCCCAGAAAGAAUGCCGUGUCAUGGUCGGUGCUGCUGACAGGGUAUGCGAGAUGUGGGAGAGUAGAAGAAGCUCGGGAUUUGUUUAACAGAAUUCCGGGAAGGAAUGUUGUCUGCUGGAAUUCGAUGAUCUCGGGUUACAUAAAUAAUGGAAAAAUUGGGAAAGCACGGGAGCUGUUUGAUGAGAUGCCAGGGAGGAACAGCGUCUCGUGGUCGAUCAUGAUUUCGGGGUAUCUCAAGAACAGACUCGUGGCUGAAGCUCGGGGUUUGUUCGACCUUUCGUCUUUGCGCUCAACUUCUCUCUACAAUGCUCUAAUGUCGGGUUAUGUCGAAUUGGGAUGUUUCAGAGAUGCAGAGAAUUUAUUCAAUCAGAUGACUCAGAAAGAUGUCAUAACAUGGAAUACUAUGAUAACAUGCUAUUCACGAACGGGCAGGAUGGAACUUGCUAGGUGCCUAUUCGACGAGAUGCCCGAGAAGGAUAUCAUUUCUUGGACUGCGAUGAUUCAUGGUUAUUUGCAGAAUGGAUAUGUUGAAGCUGCAUGGAAACUAUUUAAGGAGAUGCCUAAUCGUGACAUCGUGACAUGGAACACGAUGAUGGGUGGCUACAUCCGGAAUGGAAUGCUGGAGGAUGCUUUAAGAUUGUUCAGCGAGAUGCCCGAGACGGAUGUUGUUUCAUGGAAUACAAUUUUACAAGGUUAUGUUCAGCAGGAUGAUAUGGUUGGAGCACAUACUUGGUUUGAGAAGAUGCCACAAGUAAGUGAAACCUCAUGGAACACGCUUAUAUCCGGACACCGAAGUGAAGAAGCUUUGGUUUUGUUUUGCAGGAUGGUCAAAGAAGGAUUCAGGCCUGACCAAGGGACGCUCAGUGUCGUCAUUUCGGUCUGUGGCUCUCUUGUUGCUCUUGGAUGGGGAAGAAUGGUGCACCUCUAUGCAAUUAGAGCUGGUUAUGAGCAUGACACAUUGGUCAUGAGCUCAUUAAUUUCCAUGUAUUCUAGAUGUGGCUUGAUUCAUGAUGCUGUCCAAGUAUUUGAAUGCCUGCUGAAGCGGGAUACGAUUACGUGGAAUGCCAUGCUUGCAGCAUAUGCUUACCAUGGGUCUUCAAUUGAAGCUUUCAAACUUUUUGAGAAAAUGAUCCAAGGUGGAUUUAAUCCAGACCAUGCGACAUUUUUGAGCCUCUUGUUAGCUUGUGCUCAUAAAGGUUUGGUUGAUGAAGGAUGGUGGUAUUUUAAGUCUAUGCAAGAGGAUUGGAAGCUGGUUCCAAAACCUGAACACUACUCCUGCAUGGUUGAUCUCCUUGGCAGAUUAGGUUUUAUUAGUCAGGCCUAUGAAUUCGCCAAUAAAAUGCCGGUAGACAUACGGACAACUGCUUGGGAAACUUUAUUAAGUGCAUGUAGAGUUCACGGGAACUUGGAAUUUGGAGAACUUGCAGCAAAAAGAGUUUUACAUGCUCAACCUCCUGAUGGAGGAAUGUAUACUCUUUUGUCAAAUAUUUAUGCCACAGAAGGAAUGUGGGAGAAUGCAGCAAGUAUUAGAGCAUUGAUGAAAGACCGUGGGGUGAAGAAAGAGACUGGAUGUAGUUGGAUUGAGGUGAAGGGGGAAAUGUUCUCAUUUGUAUCAAAUCAUAAAUCAAAUCCUCUGAUGGAGGAGAUAUGCCAAGAAUUAGAUAAUCUUUCGAUUAUAAUAGAGGGGAUUAGCUGAUUUUUCUUUUAA